AUGUGCGUGGGAUUAUGGGAAGGUGAGCACCAAGAACCCUGCUAGCAGAGCACUAGAAAAUGUUUACUUUAUGCAAAUUUCAAGCGAAGUGUUGGAGGGAAGCGUUGUCAAGAGGCGCCGCCGCCUCUGGUCAAAACCCACUGUUAAGCUUACCCACUAAUGGCAGAUACAAAUAAUUAAAAGGAAACCUCAAUGUAGCCUAUAGAUACGAACUGCACAAGAAUGAUACAUUUAUGGAUUUUUUUAAUGCAUUAUUUUCUCUUUAUUCAACUGCUCGCAACCCACCCGCCCUUCAUCCACAAAAUAUUGAAUGACCCUAAACCCGCCCGCACCGCAGCGGGUUAUGCGUCAACCCGCGCAUCACUAAAUCACAUGUUAAUGCAAGGUGUAAGUAACUAGGCCUUCUUACAUGACAGGAUAGUCAGAGGAGUACGCUAAAGCGCAUACAGCUCAAAACACCACAUUCAAACUGACUGUAUCCCUUUGGUCUUAUCUUACAGAUGGAGUUUUGGUAUAGGUAUAAGAGUGAGUAUGGUAUUGCUUCAUUAGAUCCUUUCCAGUUGUUUUGAAAACUGUAUCAGAAAUCCGCAUUGUCACUUAAAAUGAAAGCUUUUGAUGAGAUGUAUCUGUAUGAAUUGUGAAUUAGAUCUAAAUCCUUGCCACUACAACCCAUGUAAGAACGGAGGAAUCUGCACUAUUGAUCGGGAUGGUUACCUCUGUCUGUGUCCCCCACGCUACGAUGGGAAUACCUGUGGAAUAGGUAUAUAGUUUUACUCAGUCAUAAUACAUCUGUGUUUUCCUGUGCCUAUAAACUCUCACCUCCUGAAUUACAUGACCCUGGACCUCCCAGUCAUAGCCUGGAAUCCACACUGAAUAUUGCUCUGUUACAGUACUGGUGCAGUUCACACUGGCACAUCUACAACAGAGGAGGCUGGUGGGAGGAGCUAUAGGAGGCUGGAAUGGCUGGAAUGGGAUAAAUGGAACAGUAUUAAACUGAUCAAACAUAUGGAAACCACGUUUGACUCUGUUCCAUUUAUUCCAUUCCAGUCAUUACAAUGAGCCUGUCCUCCUGUGGUUCCUCCCACCAGCCUCCUCUGGUCUACAAUCAUUGUACAACAAUUGUACAACUGUUGUGGCACAGCGUAUUCUUUUGUGAAUGUGACCUCAUUGAACCACUUACAGGACAGUUGUUGAAAAAAACACUUGCAGAAGUUACUGUACAACCCUUCUCGUAGUGGAAAAAAGUAAUUUUUUUCCUCAACAAUCUACACACAAUACCCAAUAAUGACUAAGCAAAAACAGGUUUAGACAUUUUUGCAGAUGUAUAGAUAACUGAAAUAUCACAUUUACAUAAGUAUUCAGACCUUUACUCAGUACUUUGUUGAAGCACCUUUGGAAGCAAUUACAGCCUUGAUUCUUCUUGGGUAUGACGCUACAAGCUUAGCACAUCUGUAUUUGGGGAGUUUCUCCCAUUCUUCUCUGCAGAUCCUCUCAAGCUCUGUCAGGUUGGAUGAGGAGCGUCGCUACACAGCUAUUUUCAUGUCUCUCCAGAGAUGUUCGAUCGGGUUCAAGUCCGGGCUCUGGCUGUUCCACUCAAGGAUAUUCAGAGACUUGUCCCAAAACUACUCCGGCGUUGCCUUGGCUGUUUGCUUAGGGUCAUUGUCCUAUUGGAAGGUGAACCUUCACCCCAGUCUGAGGUCCUGAGUGCUCUGGAGCAGGUUUUCAUCAAGGAUCUCUCUGUACUUUGCUCCGUUUAUCUUUCUAGUUUCAAGUCCCUGCCGCUGAAAACAUCCCCACAGCAUGAUGCUGCCGCAGUCAGGCCAAAUAGUUAAAUCUUGGUUUCAUCACACCAGAGAAUCUUGUUUCUCAUGGUCUGAGUCCUUUAGGUGCCUUUUGGCAAACUUCAAGCAGGCUGUCAUGUGCCGUUUACUGAGGAGUGGCUUCCGUCUGGCCACUAUACCAUAAUGGCCUGAUUGGUGGAGUGCUGCAGAGAUGGUUGUCCUUCUGGAAGGUUCUCCCAUCCCCACAGAGGAACUCUGGAGCUCUGUCAGUGUGACCAUCAGGUUCUUGGUCACCUCCGUGACCAAGGCCCUUCUCCCCCGAUUGCUCAGUUUGGCCGGGCGGCCAGCUCUAGGAAGAGUCUUGGUGGUUCCAAACUUCUCCCAGUUAAGAAUGAUAGAGGCCACUGUGUUCUUGGGGACCUUCAAUGCUGCAGAAUAUCUUUGGUACCCUUUCCCAGAUCUGUGCCUCGACACAAUCUUGUCUCGGAGCUCUACGGACAAUUCCUUCGACCUUAUAGCUUGUUUCUUUCUCUGACAUGCACUGUCAACUGUGGGACCUUAUAUAGACAGGUGUAUGCCUUUCCAAAUCAUGUCCAAUCAAUUGAAUUUCCCACAGGUGGACUCCAAUCAAGUUGUAGAAACAUCAGAAGGAUGAUCAAUGGAAACAGGAUGCACCUGAGCUCAAUUUCAAGUCUUAUAGCAAAGGGUCGGAAUACUUAUGUAAAUAAGGUAUGUUCUUUACUUUUAAAACAUUUGCAAACAUUUCUAAAAACCUGUUUUCGCUUUGUCAUUAUGGGGUAUUGUGUGUAGAUUGAAGAUUUUUAUUUAUUUAAUCCAUUUUAGAAUAAGGCUGUAAUGUAACGUGGGAAAAGUCAAGGGGUCUGAAUACUUUCCGAAUGCACUGUAUCUAAACAAUAGAAUUGGGACUUGUUUAAAAAAAACUAGCUAGCAAAUUAAUUACUGUACUUAUAGUAGGAAAUAUUUGUAAGCUAAUUUUGAUUGAUACUGUAGGACCCCUUCAGGUUUCAAAUUACCCCCUUAAAGACAGCUAACUGCCUGCUCGAUAAAGUACAAUUAAGGAGUCAAUUCUAUUCUACACUUCUAUUACCAUAAAAUGGCCAUUUUGUUGAUCUUUGAACCUUGCGCUGUUCCUCCAGAGGUGUUUGAGUGCCAGUUUAAGAAUGGCGGCUGUCUGCAUUACUGCACCAACCAGGAGCGCACCACAGGGGUCCAGUGCAGCUGUGCAGAGGGCUACCAGUUAGAUGAGGACAGCAAAACCUGCUCUGAAGCAGGUAGACUAUGCACCGAAAAACAACCUAUUUCUUUGCUGUCUCUAGAGCCAUACGCUCUAGAUGGUUAUACUGUACAUUUUCAUUGCCAGUGGCGUUCCCUUGUGGGAAGAAGCAGAGUGAGGCUUCGCUGCGUCGCUCUCUACUGAACGACUCCGAGCCCUUCACCCCGACCCACCGCCACUCUGACAGGAACCUCACCAUCACCAUGGAGGGAGAAGGGAACUCAACCUCCAACCUAUUUGGGAUUAACUCAACCCAGCCAGGGGGGAACAGCACUGAAGACAUGGAGGGCGUUCAUGAAGAAACCCGGAUAGUGGGAGGGCAGCUGGAGAGGCAGGGAGGAAGCCCUUGGCAGGUAGGCCUACAACACAGGGCUACGGGGUGGUGUUCAGUAGGCACACAUCGGAAGAAACAGUCCGGAACAAAGUGAAAUAGUACUACCUGAACUUGUUCAAUAAGAAAAUGUGAUUUAUAAAUGAAACGUGCAAGGGAACUGUAGCCUACCUGUGAUGGACACAACGUCGGGAUUCGAUCAGAUCGUGCAUUGUCGACAAUGCAGCAUAUAUAUAUAUUUUUAAAGGUAUUUUCUGACUUUAUUGAACAGAUAGAGAGAGAGAGAGAGAAUGACAGUGGGGAAAGGUAGAGAUAGGUUGUGUCAAAGGGCAGUAGGCCGGAUUCAAACCUAUACCGACACCAUAGACGUGUGCCGGAGGCAGCGGCUUAGACCGCAAGACCACGACAAUGCAGCUUUUUAAGAAAUGAACAUAUGCAGAAAUGUAGAAUAAAAAUGAAGAACAUUUUAUGAGGCCUCUGAACCUGUCCAAUAAGAACAAAGAUUUUUGUAUCCUGUUGCAAAACGGUUUGCUACAGUGUGCCCUACGGACACUACCCUGUGGCACUGCAAGCACUAAUCUCAGACAUCAUAGGGCAUGUAGUGUAUGAUGAUGACAAUAGUGUUUGUGGCGGUCCCCUACCUGUUCCAUGUCCCUGCAGGUCAUGCUCUGGAGGAAGGAUGGGUAUGGCUUCUGUGGGGGAACUCUGAUCAGUCAGCGCUGGGUGGUCACUGCUGCACACUGCAUGCAGGAAACCCCUGACCAUGUGACUAUCGGUGAGGCUAUGUGAUCCACUCUUUAGAAGUAGUGAGCAUACUGUCAAAUGCUCUAGCAGUUUUUAUUGAGUGCAACAUGUUGAUGAUCCACUGUGCCUGUUUAAACUGUCUGUUUUACAGGGGACUAUGACAAGCAGCGUCCCGACCCGGACGAGCAGAAUAUCAAAGUGGCAAAGGUCGUCGUCCACCCUCACUUCCACGACUACACCUUCGAUAGCGACAUUGCUCUCGUCUACCUCUCUGCCCCUGUGGUGCUGAGCCCCGUGGCGGUGCCCGCCUGCCUUCCCAAUAGUCAGCUGGCCCACCACCUCCAGCGGGAGGAUGUGAGGGGCAUAGUCACAGGCUGGGGCGCCACACAGUACCUGGGGCGCUCCUCACGCUUCCUGAGGAAAGUCGCUAUGCCCGUGGUCGACCAGCAAAAGUGCAUCCUCUCCACAGAGCAGGUCAUCACGGACAACAUGUUCUGCGCAGGCUACCUGGAGGCCAGCAUGGAUGCCUGCAGUGGGGACAGCGGGGGUCCCUUUGUGGUCAACUACCGCGGGACCUGGUUCCUCACAGGGGUGGUGAGCUGGGGGGAGAAGUGUGCCGCCAAGGGGAAGUAUGGUGUCUACACCCGGCUAGGGAACUACCUGCACUGGAUACAGGAUACUAUAGAAAAGGCA